CUCGGUCUGAUUGCAUUUCCAUGAAGAAAUGAUCAUAAAUGUUCUCCCUUGAGCUGCGUCAACCCGCUGCAGUCCGUAAUGGACUGGCCUGUGGUCUCUCUAAAAAUCAAGCGGCUGCUAGAAGAGAGUAGGUGAGUUGGGUUUAGUCUCUUUGCUAAAGAAAUUAGUGGCUAGUGCUGUGGCUGGGACCCUAUAUGUCCUGUUGAUGAAGUUAGGUGCUGUUCUGAGUAUUAUUUGUGUCUAUAGAGAAGCGUUUUGGUCGAGGUUUGUUCAUGGCGCCUCAGACCGCUAUGUAUUGCUAUCGUGCGGUCGUUACUAAAGUUGGUAUAACUACAGAAGCAAGCUGUUGGCAACAUUAAUCUCUUAAGGGGGUGUCUAACUCUGUGUUACAGUGUUUUUGACCCUAAAUUUAUUUUACGCCAGAAUAUCCCUUUAAAGUUUUGGGCUCCUCUUGCUUCUAUUCAAAGAGGAUAGGACUCUGGAUAGAGCAGGAGAAGGGAGUGGCUUCAAAGGAGCCACUAGCUGGAUUUGAGGUAUAACCUCUGCUUCCACUUUCAGGCCAGCAGCACUCCAAUUAUUUUUCUCCUCCUUUAGUUUCUUGCUUUGUGACGUUUUUUCUGACGAUAUUCGGGAACCUGAGGAGUUCCUCGCUGAUUUAACAGCCGUGACAAUAAUUGGAGAUUUUUACUUUGCACUGAACACAAACCGUCAUUGAGUAUUUUCUCCGUAAUUCCCUGCGUGAGAGGACUCUUUAUUCACUGGCUGCUGAGGGGACUUAAUGUUCCCAACAAGACUAUCAAGAACAUUUUGUGAUUUUUCUCUCAGCAAGAGACGUGCAGAUGCCGUUUUAUUGAUCCUCUCAUCAUGAGAAAGUGAAAUUAAUGUCUACUUAGGACCACCGUGAGAAACAACAUUCUGCAUGGGAUCUCUCCCCCGACUUCCCCUUUCACACUCUUAAACGCAUAAAUACAUGCAAAGUGAGCUGACAUGCAGGUUCUGCGCAGUAAGGAGGCGUAUCAUAUGGAGUGGCAGCUGAGGAUGUGAGACUAAUCUGACAGGUGCAGUCUGGGAGAGUGACAGCAUGGGAAGAGGGGGAGGGGUCACUGCUCGUAACAGGAUGAUUGAGGAGAUUAAUGGGUCCCUCACUUUAUCAGCUGACAGGCCCGGGCACUACAUCUUCAAUAUCCUUACUCCUGGCGUCCUUUGUUAUCAGCAGCCGAAGACCGUGUGCAAAAAAAAAAAAGAAGAGGCUAUUGUUCCAUUACCACACAGAACUAAUCACAGUAAGUGGAUUUGGAGGAACAUCUCAUUUGAAUACCUCACAAGUGGAGGUCAGUGGAUCUCUUAAAAUAAACUAAGUUAGUGACGUCUCAUAAUAACACAGUUUUGGAGAGAUAACUCCGGGUAUGAGACAGAGGUAUUUUAGCUCUUUAUCAGUCAGAGUUAAGUGGAGAUAUCAUUACUACUCUUGUCUUGUCUUUGUCACUAGUUCACCCAAAAAUCACAAAAUCUUCCAACCACCUCCAAAUGUUCAAACUUCUUCCUUUAUUCCCUCUAAAAAUAGUGAAAAAAAACCCUCAGUGUUACACAACCCUGAUCGCUUCACAUGUUCUAGUGAACAUGUUUUCAUACUCUGCAUAUUUAUAAGCUCUGUGUAGGAGUAGGAAUGUCCAUCCUCUGCUUGCAUGAACGUUAACAUUUAUAGCCACGCUGUUGUUGUUCAUUGAGAACCCCUGCGUAUGAAUAGACAGCGAGAAGGUAGCUCUGUAUCCGUAUGAUCGUGUUUGGAGCAGACCAAUAUAGCCUACAGACAGGCAGUGGACUAAUUUUGGCUCUGCUCACUGAGUUAUUGUCCUUAAACGAGGAGAGCACAUGAUCUGAAGGCGUCAUGCGUCUGCAGGAAUAACAGCGUCACUAGCUCUGUCUGUUACAAUCCCCUUUGGGAUUAUGCGUGUUUUAGAGUAUGUAUGAGCUGUUGUUUCUCUUGUAAGUUUUCCAACAGGAUGUAAAACUCUUGUAGAGGGAAAAAUCUUCAAAAUUUGCACAGGCGUUUGCUCCAACUCAAGAUUAAACUGGUCAGAAUGAAAUAAUAAAGAGUCAGAGAUCAUUGUGUUUGUAAUCCUGUGAAGUUUGUCUUUAUAAGGCAACAAUCCCAAAGGUCGCAUGCACAACAUAAACACCACCACAGUUUUUCCCCCUCCUGCUUUUAUGUUCAGUCUUUCCUCUGUCUCGUCCUUCCCGUCAUUUUCAUGCUCCCUCGCCGUCCGAAGGUUUCCUCACCUCAUAAAGACCUCUGCCCGGCUCCACACAAUGAGGCACAGUAGUGACAGCAGGGCGGACAACACACGGCCGGCCCGCAAGCUGCAUCUGUUUCCAGUGACGAGCAUCAGGAUGACCUCACAGGAUGUAUCCACUAUGACAGGAUGCAGGUGUCCGAAAAUGAGCAGGAAGAGAGCCUUAUUUUAAAGACGGCUGUGUUUGCAGACACACACCCCAGUUUCAACAGACUGUAACACAUCUGACAGGAGUGGAGAGGAUGUGGUCUCUGAUUUUUAUACUGUCUCAUAUAAAUUUUCUGAUCAUCUUAUAUUUUAUUUAACUCCAUUAAAAUGUUUAAGAAUGUUUUUAUAUUCCCUUUUAUUUUUAUUAAUUUCCUUUUCCUUUUUAAUAUUUUUUCCCUUUUUAAAUAUUUUUAAUUGAGUUUUUAUUAUUUGAAAAGUGUUGUAAAGAGGUCUGAUUGAUGGAUAAAGAUCUCUUAUGAAUCCUUUUAUUUGAUUAAAGUAACACCAAACUGCUCUGGUCUCCAGUUAUAUAUGUAUAUGUUAUAUAUGUAUUUUUAUGUUCUCACGGUUUCAAUUGUUCUGUGUGAAUAUUAUGUGACACCGCUGUUUUAACCAGCUCAUGGAAAGAGCUGUGCUGACUGGGUCGCUCAUCUCACGAAGGUAAUAUGCUUAGAUUAUCCCCACCUCACCUGUUCAACAAAGUGAUUUAAACCCUCCGGCUGUUACAGGUCACUCAGGACGUUGAAAACCCGAGGAUGUCGUCGUGACCUUUUGAAGCAGCACGGCCGCACAGAAGAAGAAACUGUAUAAAAGGUUGUGCGUCGGUGACCAUAAAUUAGCUAAAUGUAGAUUAACAUGCUCUGUAUCUGAAGGGCAGGAAACAUGAACACAGUUAUUUCUUCCCUAAAAACAAAACCCUCAUCUGACCACUUCAGGGACCAGCACAUGGACCGUGACACUUGUUUUCAUUGAGUGAGCAUCGGAGACCUCGCAGUCGGCCCCUCGGGUUUCUCCACGGCUCUAAACAGGAUUUAACCCCUGAGGGGGGUCAGGAUGAGGUCAGUGGAAUAAAGGCAGCUCCAGGAUUUACCUUCCUCCUCUAUCAUCAGGUCACUGUGUUUGUACGCUGGACGUGACACAGUGUUUUCCAAGCCAGGCUCAAGGAUACAAGACAAUAACAUGAUAACGCAAGAACUUUAUUUACCCCAAAGGGAAAUUCAUUUGUCUGGAAUCUCAUGUUAUCUCAUGUUUUCUCCGGUAGGACAGUUAACAAACUGUAAAAGUCCUGUCAGGUGAGAGGAGGGAGUGACAUGGUUGAAGUCUCCUGAUAUUAUUACAAGUGCUUCUGGAUGUUGAGUCCGUAUCCUAGCAACAGUAUCAUGGAGAACAUCACACAGAACUUCAGCCGUUGCCUUGGGUUGGACGUGUUCAGGUAAUGUUAUGGUAUGACUGAACUCCUUUAGAACAUAAGGGCAAAUGCCAACAGUUCAACUGUUAUUCCUGCAGAUGGAUGACGCUCUUGGAUCAGUUACGUCAUCUCUGGUUGACCUUUCUUCUUGCCACCAGCUUUAGCAUCUCUGAGUUGUUUUGAUUCAACCGGGUUUCAUUGAAACACAGGAGAAUGCUUUCUUAGUCUUCGCAAAUAUAUCUCCAGCUUGUCGCUUUUGUUGGGCAGAGAGUUGACGUUUCCCAUGAUGACUGAUCUUGAAGGCCUUAUAUCUCCAUUUCCUUGCCUUCAACUUUGCCUUCACCUUUGCACCAUCAUGGCAACCACGAAAACACCUCCAGAUGUCUGCUGGACUUGGAUGUUGUCGUCCAGAUUUGCUCAAUCUUGAUGAAAGAAGUUCUUCUCCUGGACAAACUUUUCCCCCAGGAAAAAUAUGAAAAAUAGAAGAAAAUUCAGCGAGACCAGACUCUGCUGCUAACUGAGCGUGGAUGUGGAUAAACAAUUACAUCUUUCUCUUCUCUUUUAGCUUUCUGCCUGAGCUUUCUAUACAUGCCUUGUGGUUUGUAAACAAAACUUAACAGAAGAAGAGAAGAUGUUGAAAAAGACAUAGCUGUUCUGUCGCACAGCUCUGUAAAGUUGUCAGUUUUUUGCCAGUCAACGUACGACCCGUUAACAUCUUGCUAACGUAUUUUUCUGAUGGUUUUGGUUUACAUACUUUCGGUAAAAAUCUGAGUCUUGCUGAUUGCUUUUAUACUGGGACAGAAAAAGUUAGCUAGCUAUAAAUGUGCUCAUCUUAAUAACAAAAAACACAGAUUUCCAAAAGCACGGUGGUUAAUUUUAAUAUCACACUCAAAACGUUAGGUUGGAUGCAGCAGAGUGAAGUAGAAUAGAGGUAGGGAAACAGCACAGUAACAUGCUAGGAGGUGAGUGAAAGGGACAUCGACAAAUUGAAGAAAACAGACGUUUUUUUGAUUUCCUUUUCAAACAGAUUGAAUCCUCUCCAGAUCAAGAGGAAGGAAAAGAAACAGAGGUUAAGGUGGUCGACAGCGAAGAGAAGAAGACAAGAAAUAACAGGAUGAAAGCAGGACAAUCUGAAAAGGGUAAAACAAUAGAAAAAUAAGAGACAUCACUCAAAAUGUUAUAUAAAAAUCCACUUCCUGUUUCUGUUUCCGCCACUUCAUCACAGUCCAGGCUCUAACCUCUGGAGGGCCUGUGCGUUACCUCCACCCUCCUGCACAAUUACCCAACCGAGUGGAAGCUCCUCUGUCUGGCAUGGGGCAGAGUUUGAGUCUGGGUGGGGUAGCUGAAGGGAGACCCCCUUUCUCCGUUUGUGCAGACCUAGAAAUCGGGGACAUGGUUUUUGAGAAGGAGGAUUAACAGACGGGAUCACGGACGUGCCGUCACAGAUCAUGACUUGACUCUACCUUCGACGCUCAGACGCCCUGCAAACCCCCCUGUGUGGAAUCGGUCCCCACACAGACAGAUAAUCCCCCAGAAAAGUCUGUCAUUCGACGUCGACCACACGGCUGAACCAUGCAUAUGUGCAAACAUACACAUACAUGUACAACACACACAGGCCCGGGAGGAUUUGCACUCAGCAUGCAACUAUUUUGGGGGGCUCAGGGAGAGUAAAGGAUUAUUGAUUUAGUAGGACACUGGCCAGAUGUAGCCGAACGCCAAACACAAUGUGCUUAAAUUCAACCGUUUCAACACUUUGCGGCAGUUUUGGUCGGCAGUAUUAACAUUAAUAGAAGUGGAAACCUUCGGCGUUGAGUGCUUUUACUUUCCUCCAUCAGUAAUGGCUUUGCUAAUGUUUCUCUCGGAGGCCUUUUCAUUCAUGUCUAAUAUACUUAAGGCCCAUCAGUCCGUCCACACAAAGACUGAUGGCUUCUCGGUGUCAACUUCACAGAUCUCAGAUCUCCCGGUCAGCCUCUGCUCUUCAUCUAUAAGUGAUUUUCCUUCUCUUUAUCUCAUAGCUUUGGUUUCUCGGCCCGUCAGACAUCUCUCACGCUGCCCCGUUCACCCCCCUCUGCAUUCACAUCACGUCCUCGCUCUGAUUCGAGGAGUUAAGUCGCACGGAUUGCAGAAGCUCUUUGAGUCCUUGAACGGGACUUUAAGACAACUGAAUUUAGCAUUUUAGUGUAGGUAAAGUUGAGCAUCUACCUGGAUCACUGUGUGUUUUUUUUAUGUGUGUCUGUGUUUAUGUAAGCUUGAGCAUUUAAAUGGAGCUGGCAGGACCAGAGAGCAGGACCAGGCCCAGGAAGGAAGGAGCUCCACUCAAAUUAAUCUCCACUGGAUGGCCCAGAAAAGGAGCAGAGCCAUUUUUGGGAGCAAGGAGCCAUCUCCUAGGUGAGCACCAUGGCAACAGCCAACAUGGGCCCCAGCUUUCUGAGCUGUCCUUUUCAAGCGCCCGAUCAAAAGUGGCAGGCCAGGUUUUUUGUUAUGUGGCGUCUCUUACCCACACUACCUCUUCUUUUCUCUCCCUGCGUGACAUGGUCCUGGCCUUGUUCACCGGGGGAGGCUGUGAGAAGACUGCAGAGGGAGAGUGUCUGUGGGAAAAUGUUGCCAGACAACACAGGGGUAUGUGACAGCGAGGCAAGCUAAUAUGGUCUGGGACAAAAAGGGAAUACAUGACCAGGAGCUAUUCAGAGAUACGCGCCGACCGUCUGAUUCAUCUGUUGCAUCAGACUUGUGAAAACAGCAGAUUUAAUGCGUCUUUUUUUAAAGCUACAUCUUUUUACUGGAAGUCUGCAAACUCACGAACAAAAUUAGCAGGAAAACUUAUCUUCUGUUUGCUUUAUUCGACUGCAUUUAUGUUAAACUUUCAGGGCUAGUUUUUCUCUAGACCAAAGACCAAACUCCCACAGCAGCCAUCUUCUUCAGACAUCAUACUCAGGAGGGUGAACUCUGAUUGGAGCACGUGGGGAAGUUCGGGCACCUGCUGUUAGACAAAGCCGGUCGAUGCAAG